AUGUUCCACAGAGAGCUAUUAGGAUCUCUGGGAAUAACAGAGAGUGUGGAUCGGAGGAAGUGCAUCUGUAGGCACAUAAGGAUGGUAAUGGAACAGCUGGAGGACAUCCUUAAUGAGCUGAAGGAUGUGGCUAGAGAGCUUAGAGAGGUAGUGGGACAAAUUGACAACCUGACAGCAUACAUUGAUGUGGAUGCUGAAGAGGACACAGAGGAUGACAAAUUUAUUCUGACUUGCAGUGAAAACAGCAAUGAGAGAGCACUGGGCAACUUUUUGAAAGUUGAGCCUUAUUCUGAAAGCAAUGGCCUACCCCACUUAUUACACAACUGUGACUCUGCAAAAUUACAAGUACCAGUCCUGUACCGACGGAGCUGUGGAGACUUACCUGCCCUAAAUGGACCCACAUGGCCAAAUGCUUCUUGGCUCUUUAGGAGAAGGGAUGAAGUACAUUCAUAUGACAGUGUAGAGCAUCAUGCUUUAUGUUGUGAUGAUGAUGAAUUUGAUGAAGAAAGUGGUGGCAGAAGAUCCUCUAGAUUCUCUUCCAGUGACUCUGUGUUUUCAUCCUCUCCUCUGAGGCCUUCGAGGUUAGGUUCUGCCUUGACACCCAGAUCAGGCCGCAAAUAUCAGUUGAGUCCAGUUUCAAAGAAAAAAUCCCUGCAGAGCUGCAGCACUCAAACAGUUUGUGAUAAGAGUACACAAACUGCAUUGCCCCACAGUCCUGCCAGGCAACGAGCUGCAUCUGAACGCAUCUAA